AUGAGUGACCAAAACGAUUCCAAGUCAUCAUGGCUUCCGAAAGUUUGCCGACCUUCAGCCAACACCCCGCCAACGUCCACCCCCCCAAACGAACAAUCUUCACUUCUCCCUCGAUCUACCGACGCAGGAGAGACUUACGAGCUUGAAGACGAUGGUACAACUCCAGCCAAAAGAUGGCUUGCCGAAUUCCUCCUCCUAUUACGAGGUUCGGUUCCUGUAAUCCUCGCAUACGCAUUGCAGAACUCUCUCCAAACGAUAUCAGUUCUGAUAGUUGGUCGACUAAGUCCUGAAGCUCUGGCGACUGCAGCUUUCAGUUACAUGUUUGCAAUGUCUACAGCAUGGCUUAUCGCGCUUGGUGGAACUACUGCUUUAGAUACAUUGGCAUCGUCUUCGUUUACUGGAAGUAAAAACCCGCACGAUUUGGGUAUAUUGUUACAGCGAGGUUUCUUUGUUUUAACUGCGUUUUACAUACCAGUUGCUAUACUAUGGGCUUGCUCCGCUCCCAUUUUUAGAUUGUUGGGACAGGAAGAAUACAUUUGUGUGGAUAGUGCUAGGUUCUUGACUGCGUUGAUUCCAGGUGGAUUAGGAUAUAUCUACUUCGAAGCUAUGAAGAAGUAUCUACAAGCACAAGAGAUCAUGCGGCCAGGCACUUACGUCCUUCUAAUAACCUCCCCCGUCUCCGCCGGUCUCAAUUACCUCUUCAUUCACACCUUCAACCUAGGUCUUAUUGGCGCUCCCCUCGCUACUGGUCUCUCCUAUUGGCUCUCGUUUCUCCUUCUAGUCCUCUACUCCCGCUUCAUAACCGGAUACCAAUGCUGGGGCGGCUUCACCAUCCAAUCACUUCAUAAUCUCGGAACAUUUUCCCGUCUUGCACUUCUUGGAGUUAUCCACGUCGGCACCGAAUGGUGGGCCUUUGAAAUUGUCGCGUUGGCUGCCGGUCGAUUAGGUACCAUUCCCCUGGCUGCCCAAAGUGUCAUUAUGACGACCGAUCAAGUAAUGAACACAAUACCCUUUGGUAUCGGUGUAGCAGCCAGUUCACGCGUUGGAAAUUUGCUAGGAGCAAGGAACGCAAAAGGAGCAGCCAGAGCGGCGAAUGUGGCGGCUUGGCUAAGUAUGAUUAUGGGAUUGUUAGUUUUGAUUGUUCUUAUGAGUGUGAAGAAUUUCUACGCCAGGAUAUUUAAUGAUGAUUUGAGAGUUGUCAAGUUAACGGCGGAAGUCAUGCCAUAUGUUGCUUUGUUUCAGAUAGCAGAUGGGCUUAAUGGGAGUUGUGGAGGAAGUUUGAGAGGUAUGGGGAGACAGCAUGUUGGUGCCGCAGUCAAUUUUGUUAGUUAUUAUUGCGGUGCGCUGCCAUUGGGUAUCUGGCUGGCGUUUCAUGGAUGGGGAUUGGGAGGACUAUGGGUGGGUCAGUGUAUCGCGCUUUAUAUUGUUGGGGCACUGGAAUGGAUUAUUGUUGCGUGGAGUGACUGGGAAGGAGAGGUCAAGAGGGCGUUUGGAAGAAUGGAGGUAGACGACCGGAUUGAGGCCGGGAUCGGGGGAUUGGACGAGACGGAGGAAAUAUAA